UGUAAUACGAGUCGAAACAUGCCAAGAUCUAUCAUUUUAAUAUCGCGAACAGUGACUAAAAGGCCUGAAGUAGAUGAAGAGCAACGCGCCGAACUAAAUCAAGGGAAUAGAAUGUCUUCAAUUAAUGACGGUACGAAGUUUAAGCAAUUAAGUAUGCAACGGCUAAUAUAUCUACCACACAACUAAUUAGUUACAAUUCAUUGGGCGUUGGAGCAUAAGGAGUAGGCAAGCACAAACAAUUCUCAAUCACUUUCGUUUUGUAGGAGCAGGAAGAGUCAACCAUGUUGCGGGUUAUAUUUCUUCUGUGGAGCUUUACCAGUGUCCAAGGUCAGUUUGGCCGCUUCAUGCCAUCCCUACCAGGUGGGAUGGCACCAAGAAGCUUUGGAGAGCCGCUUCAUUCUCUUCCAUCGCCAUCGCAUACUUCAUAUGGUUUUGGUUUCCCAGGGAUGGGUUUUGCCCCUGGGAUGCCAGCAUAUAUGCCCGGAGCAGGAGGACCUGGAUACUUUGUUGACGGCUUUCCAACAUGAGAUCAUCGUAUGAAAUGGGUAGUAUGCCAGCUUAUCGCCACAGUUCCUUUCCUAGUGGCGAAAGCACAUUUCCAUCUUCCGGAUUUCCUCAACGUGUAGACGAACCGAGGCGGCUUAUACCAGAUCGGAGACGGGAAACGCCUGUUUCUCAACUAAACAGGUCUCCACCCCGAAACGGGUCUCCACCCCGAAACAGGGCUCCAGCCCGAAGACAGAUGAACACACAUACCGAUCACCACCAUGGGCAUAACCACAAUCAUGACCAUAGGCCUCUUCCAAAGGUAGAGACCAAAACAACGCCAACGCCAACAAUGAAACCAACAAAUACCAAUACCCCACCAAAUAAGUACGUGAAACCCAUAUCCGUUGAUGUCGUUCCGAAAGCCACAAAAGAUAUCCAAGUCGUCAUAAAACGGGUGCCUGACCGUGUCGUCCCGAAACCACCAACUGCAGGAAAACUGGGCAUAAACCCUUUGCUCGCCGAAAAAGUAGCAAACACUAAAACCGAUGAAAAGGUUGCAUACGAACUCAAGCCUGACAAAUCCACAAAAAGUAACCAAGUCGUCGUUAAACCGGUGCCUGACCGUGUCGUCCCGGACCCGCCAACUACAGGAACAUUUGGCAUAAACCCUUUGCCAGCCGAAAAAGUCGCAAACACUAAAACCGAUGAAAAGGUUGCAUACGAACUCAAGCCUGACAAAUCCACAAAAAGUAACCAAGUCGUCGUUAAACCGGUGCCUGACCGUGUCGUCCCGGACCCGCCAACUACAGGAACACUUGGCAUAAACCCUUUGCCCGCCGUGGAUGUCACACACCCUACAAUCGAAGAAAAAGUUGCAGCCGAAAUCGAAGUCGCUCUAAAGAAAAUUGAUGCUGAAAAUGUGGCAGCCGAUUUCGCUCUCAAUAGCGUUGCUUCAAAACAAACAGAGCCUGGAAAUGUUGCUACAGGCGCUGCAGAAAAGUUGCAAGAUAUCAGCGUGAAGACCGUGAUGAACAUCGGCGGGUCGAAACCACCAGGUGGAAUGCCAAUAUUGCUCAGUGGUACACAAAAAGUAAAAGCAAGAGGACCAUGUGAGCUUCCUCCAAACUGCAUGUGCACUUGCGGGAAACUGGUUUGUGAAAGGACAUUAAAAAGGAUGACCUUCAGCUGCUCAGAGGGAUGUCAGAUAUCGUGCGAAUACUGAGCUAAAUCUAUUUGUAUGUGUAGCUUCGCUUACAAUUUAAAUACAUUUUAAGUGAAUUUAUUAACACAAGUUUGCUGAAUUUGUUAGCAGUAUAUGAUUUUGAAAGAAUACACUGUUCGGACUGAAUUUAUAUUAUCAUUCGUAAAAUAGUUCUGUUAAAAUAACCAGGACAUACACGAUGGGAUUUGUUUCGUGAGCGAUCAUAACUAUCUAUGCUAAUAAAUAUAUCAUAAAAAACAACAACAACAACAACAACAACAACAUUAUGUGAACUAGAUUUGAUAUGCAUGUCUUAUUUAUGACUAACAUCUGACAAUUAUGUACAUCAUUCUAUAAUCCACAGUAUGGCAAAGAAAAGUGUAGGGUCGGUCGGUUAGUGGAUACAAACAAAUUUGUUUACACCUGAGCUGCUGUUGAACACCCAAUAUCCCUUUAAACAAUGUUUAACUUUUAUUUUCCAUUAUUUAAUCGUAUGGAUAGAUAAUGAUUAUUGUCGUAAAACAUAAAAUGUUGCAGUGACAAUAUAAAUUUAACGAUUGAUAUUAAUUUAUAUAAAAGAAACGACAAAAACAUAUUACAAUUUAAGUUAAGAAAUCAUGAAGGAAGUAAAGAGUUAUUUGAUGAAUACAAAACAGUGACAUUAAAGCAUCAAAUAAGCAAAGAUAUUAACCUAAAAAAAAUAAUAUAAUUUACAUUACGAAAACAUAGAGAGUAGAGUUUUAUAUAAAUGAUACAAAAGAGUGGCUUUAAAGUACCAAAUACACAGAGAUCUUAACAUCAAAUUAAAGAAUGAAUCUUUUUCCAAGCUGA